UUCAGUUUCGACCAGUUCCAAAACCCACCUCACCAAUUUUCUCACUCGAGAAUUUUCCCGGAAAAUUUAACCCUCUUCCAUUUCCCAUCCAAACAAAACCACAUCAAUUCUUUCUAAUUCUUGCACAAUCCAAACGAGAGAAAUUAAAAAUCAUGGCUUCUUUGAGAUCUUCUUCUUCCUUCUGGUGCUACCGAUGCAACCGCGUCGUUAGGGUUUCCCUCGUCGCAGAACCGCAGCGAGAUCCUACCAUUCUCUGCCCCGAUUGUCACUCCGGUUUUCUCGAAGAGGUACAAACGCCUCCCCAGUCGCGCCGAUCCACACGCGCCGGCUCGCCCUUCAAUCCCGUGAUCGUGCUGCGCGGUGGGAACGGAAACGAAAACGCAAGCGCCAACGAAAGCGAAAAUGAUGUCGCCUCGGGGAACUUCGAGCUUUACUACAACGACGGCGUUUCGGGUCCGGGCCCCAGCGGUCUGCGCCCUUUGCCCGCGGGCGUGACCGACUUCCUCAUGGGCUCUUCGGGCUUCGAUCACUUGCUGGAUCAGCUGGACGGCACCACCGUACGCCUUGACCGGGCAGCGUCGAAGGCGGCGAUCGAGUCGAUGCCGGUGGUGAAGAUCCUGGCCAGCCACGCGCACGCGGAGUCCCACUGCGCGGUGUGCAUGGAAAACUUUCAAGUGGAUUGCGACGCACGUGAGAUGCCGUGCGGGCACGUGUAUCACUCGGAGUGCAUCGUGCCGUGGCUGUCUGUGCGGAACUCGUGCCCCGUAUGCCGCCGCGUGGUUCCUUCAGAUGAAGUUGAUGAUAACAAUACGAUGGGGUUAACCAUAUGGAGACUCCCUGGGGGAGGAUUCGCUGUGGGCAGGCUCAUCGGUGGUAGAGAACUGCCCCUCGUGUACACGGAAAUGGACGGCGCGUUUAACGCCUCUAACGGCGUUCCCAGGAGAGUCUCCUGGGAUUCUUCUAUUGGUAGGUCUAGGGAGAGUAGGGGCUUUGCUUCUGCUUUUCGGAAUCUCGUUUCCUAUUUCGGAAGAGUUAGAAGUUCCUUUUCUCGUGGAACGAGAAACUCUCGUCUCAAUGGAAGAUCACGCUCUGCCACAACCAUUUUUUCUAGGUUCAGGAGUCGAUCAAGAUUUUAAAAGAGUACGUUUCGACCAGUGUCAAGAUUUUUUCAGUCAUCGUGACACAAUUGUUGCCCUAUUCGCCGCAUUUAUUUGCAAUUUCCUAAAAUGAAACUGAACCCAUGACAGCAAUGGGGUUUCGGUUUUCCUAAUGUUUUUUUAGUUUGUUUAAGUAUUCGUUGAAUUUAGGGGAAUUUUAAUUGUUUGUAAUGUUUCUAGUCUGUUUAUUGAUUCUGAUACUGUAAAUAACUAAAACUGAUAAAUGGUUUAUGCAAUUGCUGAAGGGUGGUUUUGAAUUA